AGUUUCAGCCAAGUUUUCAUUGAUUUUUCUCAUUUUAAUCUUGAAAAUGUCUUCCAAAUACUCAAAAAAACGAAAACAGUUCGAUGAUGACACUUCUGAAGUUGGAAAAAAUCGAGAUUCAUCAAGAUCUCCAUCUCCUCCACGAUCGAAAAGAUCUGCGAAACAGCGAGAGCCUGAGGAUAAUGGAGAACCGGCGGAUUCGAUGUCAAUCGAAGAAACAAACAAACUGCGCGCCUCGCUUGGUUUGGCUCCUCUUGAAACUAACGACAAUAAGGAACGUGAUGCUAAUGAUGGAACCAAUGAGAAAAUCUAUAAUGAGGAUGGAUUUGAGUUCAGACAUCGAAAAGCUGAGAAUAUUUCUGAUAAGAAAAAAGAAAAAGAUAUCAAAGAGAAGCUAGAAAUCGCCAAAGCGAAACGAGAUGUUUAUUCAAAAGUCCUGAAAGCGAAGAAACUCGCAGAUUCUGAUGAAGAAGACAGUGCAGCCAGUUUUGUGAACAAAAUGCGUCAGAAAGAAGAUGAAGCCAAAAAGGCCGCCGAUAGAGCUGCAGCUUUUGAUCAACUUGACGAAGAGCUUGGUGUCAGUGCAAUCGUCGAUAAAGUGAAAAAGCCGAAGAAACCAAAAACCAAAGGGCCAUCUGAUACAGCUGGAAUGGUUAUUGGUCAUGGGAGAGAGGCUUUUAUUGAAGGUGAUCAAAUUUUGGUGCUUCAAGAUAAGGGAGUUCUUGAUGAUGGAGACGAAGUUCUCGUGAAUCCAAAUCUGCUAGACAAUGAACGUCACGUCAGAAAUGUUGAAUUGAGGAAACGGAAGGAUCCUAAUCGGAAUUUUGAUGAAGAUGUCGACGAGUUUGGAAAUGCAAAAAACUUUGGUGUUCUUGCAAAGUACGAUGAGACGUUGGAAGGAGAGCAAAAGAAACAGUUCCGACUUGACGAGCACGGUGGUGUCGAUUUAGAAGAAGAAAGACGUGAAAUGGAAGCGUUCCGUCGAAUGAAAAUGGCAGGAAAACGUUUGGAAAGUUUGGAGACUAAAAAAUACGAGCUUGCCAGUGAAUUCUACACCCAGGACGAGAUGACACAAUUCCGAAAAGUAAAGAAAGGCAAAAAGGAGAAGAAUAUUCGUAAAAGAAAGGUUCUGAAAGCCUCUGACUUGGUGCCCGUUGAAAAAGCUGGAGAAGGAAGAGAUUUUGGAAGGAGAAGAAGGGAUUCUGAUGAACCAGAGGACGAAGGACUGAAGAAAGAGAAACAAGAUGGAAAGGAUGAAGACGGCGAAAUCAGUGACAAAGAAGUGCCAGAAUCUUCAUCUGACAAUGGAAAAUGGAAGAAGGCAAUGCGAGGAAAUGGAGUAGACCUUCAACGUCUUCAGAAGCUUCGUUCAAAGCAUCAAAUCGCUGAAGAUGAUGACAGUGAUAACGAUCUGAUGUUCAGUGGAGGCGUUGAUUUGACUGGAGUCGUAAUUGACGACAACGCCGAAGAAGAGUUGAGCUCAAUUCUGGCGAAGACUAGAAAAGUGAAGCAAAUCGAUGGGAAGCAGAUGGAUAACGAUGUUGGAAAGAAAGUUCAAGAUAUUCUAACGAGUCAUGGAGUCAAAAUGGAGAUUGAUGAGGAGGAAGACGUUAAGCCGUUGAAAGAAGGUCAAAUCUAUAUUGAUUCUACGACAGAGUACUGUCGUCAUGUUGGUGAGAUCACAACUCUCGGUCUUGGAGGAAAUCGUACUGUUGAUGUAUCGGAAGUCAAGAAAGUGAAGGAAGAAGAGAUGGAACAAGAAGGAAGUGAAGGAUUCGAGAAAUGGAAGCGUGCUAAAGUUGAUAAAGAAUUGAAGGAAAAAGAGAAGAGAAAGUUGAGAGAUCAAGGAGGAUGGUUGGCUGCUGGAGAACCAGCUCCAUCCAAUGCAAGAAUUGAUAGUGAUGAUGAGGAUGCAUUGGAAGAGGCUAAGAAGAGGAAGUGGUCGGAAGAUGAAGAAGAGGAUGAAGAUAUGGAAGAAGAUAAGGAUGAUUAUGCUCCAGCUCUCGGCCAGGAAGUUGAUGUAUCGAAGGGUGUCGGUCGAAUGCUCAAACUGGCUGGACAAAAAGGAUAUCUUCAAAAUCCGAAUGCAAAAUCUCAUUCAGGACCUUCUCUGGAUCAUUUGAAAAACAAAACUACACAGCGAAUCGAUGGACAAAGAUUUGACCCCGAUGAUCGUAACGCCAAAAAAGCUGAUCGUCUGAACUCUCAACACCGUGGACCAGUUAUGCCAUUCGCGGAGAAGCACGACUACAAGCCUGAUGUUAACAUAAGUUAUGUAGACAGAAAAGGCCGUGAAAUGGAUGCCAAAGAUGCGUACAGAGAGCUAUCAUACAAGUUCCAUGGUCGCAAUCCGGGUAAGAAACAGUUGGAGAAACGAGCUAAUCGUAAGGACAAAGAGGAGAGAAUGCUCAAGACAAACAGUUACGACACUCCACUGGGAACUCUUGAUAAGCAGCGCAAAAAGCAAAAACAAUUAUCCACACCGUAUCUUGUGCUCAGUGGAUCUAGUGAUCAUUCGAGUCUCAAGAAGGAGUAACAAAUGGACAUUGUUUUGAAUUUCCUGUAUUCAAUUUUAUAAUUCUAUUGCUGUUAUGCAAACAGUCAUUUCAUUUUCAUUGAAGUUUCAGAUAAUUAAAUUAUUGUAAUUUUCAUUCUUUUUUCGCGAAUAUAUCUACAUUUUCUUC